AUGUAUUGGAAACGCACAGGCUUUGUUCUUGCCCACCUCACAGCUUUGGUAUCGGGCUGGCCGUAUGAUGACGCACUCACUGAAUAUAACCUCAAUGAAAACCAGACGGCUACCAACCCAGCAGAGUACUGGGGAGAAUGGCCCAACCAUACAUACCACCCAUCGCCAGAAAACUGGCGCUUCCCUAUAUAUACCCUUUUUCUCGAUCGAUUCGUGAAUGGUGAUCCAACAAACGACAAUAUUAAUGGCACACUUUUUGAGCAUGAUUUGGACUCUAACCAGAUGCGUCAUGGCGGUGACGUUGCUGGAUUGGUUGACACGCUUGACUAUUUACAAGGAAUGGGUAUCAAGGGGAUAUAUCUUGCCGGCCUUGUUCUGAUGAACCAGCCUUGGGGAGCAGAUGGUUAUUCUGCAAUGGACACCACCUUGUUAGAUCAACAUUUUGGUACAAUUGAUGCUUGGCGAGCUGCAAUCACAGAGAUCCACAACCGUGGCAUGUAUGUGAUUUUCGAUAACACGGUGGCAACCAUGGGCGAUCUGAUUGGAUUUGCCGGAUACCUCAACACAACAACACCAUUUUCAGUCAAAGAACACAAAGCGCAAUGGAAAUCGGACCGCCACUACGUCGACUAUAACUUCGGUAAUGCAUACAACCAGACCUGUGAAUACCCUCGUUUCUGGAAUGAGACUGGUUACCUAGUGGACCAGUAUGUUCGCGACGAACUGAAAGGCUGCUACAACAGUGAUUUCGAUCAAUACGGUGAUAUCGAAGCUUUUGGUGUUUAUCCAGACUGGCAACGUGAACUUGCCAAAUUCGCAUCUGUACAGGACAGAUUACGUGAGUGGGUACCUACAGUCAGAGAGCGAAUUAUUAGACAUUCGUGUAUGAUCAUCUCUUCGCUCGACAUCGAUGGCUUCCGGUAUGACAAGGCUACACAGGCCACGGUUGAUGCUUUGGGCGACAUCUCUGGUGCUUAUCGUGACUGUGCUCGACGAGUUGGCAAGAAGAAUUUCUUUCUACCGGGAGAAAUAACAAGCGGAAAUACUCUGGGCUCUGUUUUUCUUGGUCGUGGUAGGCAGCCAGACAUGGUUCCUAAGACGCUUGAUCAGGCUUUUCAUCUCACGAACUCUUCUGAUACGCUAUACUUCCUGCGGGACGAAAAUCAGCAGGCCAUUGAUGGAGCCGCUUUUCAUUACUCUGUUUACCGCUCCCUCACUCGCUUUCUUGGCAUGGAUGGCAACCUGGCCGCUGGCUACGAUGUCCCAGUCAAUUGGACGGAAGCUUGGUACGAUAUGGUGCUGACCAAUGACCUUAUCAACGCGAAUACCGGCAAUUUUGACCCGCGUCACAUGUACGGGGCCACAAAUCAAGAUGUGUUCCGGUGGCCAGCUGUAGAAUAUGGGCUCGAGAGACAGCUACUUGCUCUAUUCAUUACAACGCUGCACAUGCCGGGCAUUCCACUACUACUCUGGGGUGAAGAGCAAGCGUUUCACACUCUGGAUGCAUUGGCUUCCAACUAUAUCUAUGGUCGGCAAGCCAUGUCUCCCGCGACUGCUUGGAAAACUCAUGGCUGCUUCCAUCUGAACUCGACCCAGUACUUCGACUGGCCGAUCAAGUCUGGCCGAGAUGCCUGCCACGAUGAGAGUGUCACAUACGACCAUCGAGAUCCGUCGCACCCCAUCAGGAACACAAUCAAGCAUAUGUAUCAGAUGCGAGAGGACUAUCCCGCCAUGAACGAUGGGUGGUGGAUUCAGUUGCUGUCCAAUCAAACCCACAAUGUCUACUAUCCUGGUUCGAAUGGAAUCGCCACUGAAACAGGCAUGUGGUCUGUUCUACGAAGCCCUUACUUUCAAAAACAAAAUCUUGGAAAAGCGGGGAACCAAACGGUGUGGUUUGUGUACCAAAAUGACAACAUCACGGUCACAUACGACUUCAAUUGUUCCGAUCCCGAUCAGGCGCUUGUAGCUCCUUUCAAGACUAAUACCACCGUUAAAAACUUGUUCUAUCCACAUGAUGAACUGACCUUGAAGAAAAGUCCGACCAAGCUGCAUCUCAAUGGUUCUUCGGAAUGGAAUGGCUGUCUGGACAGUUUAACCCUUCAUCCGUACGAAUUCAGGGCUUAUGUCCCCAAAAGCAAGUUCCAUCCUCCACGGCCUAUGAUCACCAGAUUCAUCCCGGGGCAUGAUGUUCCAGUGCUUUCCAAAGCCCAGCCUGGAGAAAGUGAAGAUCUCCAAAUCGGUCUAUACUUCUCUACGGAAAUGAAUUGCAGCAUGGUCACUCACGCCAUCACCCUUGAUUCAACAACAGAAAAUGGGAAGACACCUUCAAUUGAUCAGAAUACCAUCGGUUGCCACUCGGUGGUUCCGGAGGAAUCGAAUCUCACUGGCCAUAUACCCAGCACCUGGGCAUGGACAGCGACUCUUGUUGGAGUGUAUAAUGGAGUGCACCGGCUGACUGUCAGCAAUGUGACUAGUAGCGACGGAAGUAAAACGAACGCAAUUGAUCACUUCUUGAUUCGUAUCGGACAACAUGACAACCCUAUGACCUUCACCUCUGCCAACUACUCCAGCAGCUUGCUUCAAAGAAACGAAAACGGCUCACUGUUUAUUCAACAGCAUGCGGCAGGAGCCGAUAAGUACCGGUACUCAACCAACUGGGGCAGCACAUUUUCAGAAUGGCUCCCAUACCAAGGUGGCAAUCACACAAUUGAGAAACAGCAUUGGUCAGGAACAAAGGCCCAAGAGUGGAAGGCGGAGCACGUUCGUGUUGAAUACUGGAAUCGUUUCACGGGAAGCAGCGACUACGUCCAACAAGGCGAUACUCCCGACUGGGAGACUGGAAUGCCCCGACGUUUCCCUCAUCUUUUUUUCAACGGCCCUUUCAAUGAAUACGGAUAUGACGCUGGACUGCCAAAUGCUGUGAAACAAGCUGCGGAUCGUCUAUGGAAGUUCCGCUUUAUGGCUGAGUGGCCUGCACAGGGCCAGCUGAACGUCUGGGGAGUCAAUCCAAAUGGACAGCCUGAUCAAAGCUAUAUUUUUGGGGAUUCAGAUGGAGAUUCUGUUUUGGAUCGUCUUCCACCUUCUUCGCUCAAGACAACAGCGAUAAACAUCACACGGCCUCCACCUCGUCCACAUCUAGCGUGGAGGAUCGAGCUUGAUGAUGCGACGUUGAAGUUCAAGCUUGUACCUGCGGGAUCAGAAUAUGCACAAAUGGUGCUCUUCUUCAUGCUUUGGAUUAUCCCUGUUCUAAGUGCCGUGGCAUGUGCGACCGUUUUCAUGAAGACAUUCUACCGUAUUAAAUUCAACCAAGUCGGCGUGAGUGAGAAGAAGACUUUGAUCUCACUGGAUGUCUUCAACAAAUUCAAGCCUGAUGAGGCCGGAGGAUCCAGAAACUUCCUCAUGCGUCUGGCGAACAAAUCCAGGUUCCUGCAAAGCAACUCCGCGUUUGGUAACCGAACAUCCCAACGACGCAAGGUCCUAGUUGCGACAAUGGAAUACGACAUCGACGACUGGGGAAUCAAAAUCAAGAUUGGUGGACUGGGUGUGAUGGCACAAUUGAUGGGAAAGCAACUAGGACACGAAGAUCUCAUUUGGGUCAUUCCUUGUGUUGGGGGUGUGGAAUAUCCCAUGGAUAAACCCGCUGAAUCUAUGUUCGUCAUGAUCCUUGGGAACUCAUACGAGGUCAAGAUCCAGUAUCAUCAUUUGAGGAACAUCACCUAUGUCCUCUUGGAUGCUCCAGUCUUUCGUCAACAAACCGUUGGAGAACCUUACCCGGCCCGCAUGGACGACAUGGACAGCGCGAUAUACUACUCUGCGUGGAACCAAUGCAUUGCUCACACUAUGAAGCGGUUCCCAAUUGAUUUGUAUCAUAUCAAUGAUUACCAUGGUGCGAUCGCUCCGCUCUACCAGCUUCCAGAGACGAUCCCAAUCUGUCUUUCACUACACAACGCUGAAUUUCAGGGAUUGUGGCCAAUGCGAACACAGAAGGAGAAGACUGAGGUGUGCUCUGUAUUCAACCUGGACAUAGAUAUCGUUGCUCGCUAUGUUCAAUUCGGAGAGAUUUUCAAUCUAUUGCAUGCCGGUGCGAGCUAUCUUCGUCUCCACCAGCAAGGCUUUGGAGCAGUUGGAGUCUCGAAGAAGUACGGGAAGCGCUCAUAUGCGAGAUACCCAAUCUUCUGGGGUUUGCGAAAAGUAGGGAACCUGCCUAACCCUGAUCCCUCUGAUACUGGCGAAUGGAAGAAGGAAUUGCCUAAAGAAAGCGAGAUCAGUGUGAACAGUGAAUUUGAAUUCGGCAGAGCUGAGACCAAGCGCCAAGCACAAGAAUGGGCUGGUCUUCACCAAACACCUAAUGCUGAUCUUCUUGUCUUUGUGGGAAGAUGGUCUAUGCAAAAAGGAAUCGACCUCAUUGCCGAUGUUAUGCCGGGUGUUCUUGAUGCGCGACCAAAUGUCCAAUUGAUCUGUGUGGGCCCAGUCAUCGAUCUUUAUGGUAAAUUUGCAGCGCUCAAACUGGACAGGAUGAUGAAACUAUAUCCCGGACGUGUUUUCUCAAAACCCCAGUUCACAGUGCUACCUCCGUUCGUUUUCUCGGGAGCAGAGUUCGCUUUAAUUCCAUCAAGAGACGAACCAUUCGGUCUGGUAGCCGUCGAGUUCGGCCGUAAAGGUGCUCUUGGUAUCGGUGCUCGAGUUGGAGGACUUGGACAGAUGCCUGGUUGGUGGUAUACUGUUGAGUCCACCACAACAUCCCACCUCAUCAAACAAUUCAAGCUUGCAAUUGACAGCGCUUUGAAUUCAAAGCUCGAGACGAGAGCCAUGAUGCGCGCAAGGUCGGCGAAACAACGUUUCCCAGUCGCGCAGUGGAUUGAAGAUUUGGAAAUUCUCCAGUCAACGGCUAUGCGUGUCCAUGAUAAGGAACGUGCUAAGUCCCAGUCUCAAUCAACUGCUGCUGCGUCGGCAUAUAAUGCUAUCUACGGAAUGAUGACACCACAGGUUGCAGUUUCAAUGAGAUCGAAUGCGUCUAGCGGUACACUUACUCCACCUUUGCAGGCUAGUCGUCCUGGAACCAUGGGAUCAAUGCAAAGGAAUUCCGUUGUCUACAGCCGCGAUCCCAGUCCUGGUGUUGAAAGUAAACCAAGAUCAGGUCUCAGUCGCCAGAUGCCCUUCGGGAUCCGACCAGUAUCUAGUACACAAGAAAGUCGUGGGCGACUGGAUUCUACCAAGGGCGGCAUUGAAGAUGUGGAUGAGAACGGCGAGGGAUCUUCUAGUACUCCAUCUCCAGGUGCCGACGAUGACAGUGAUGAUGAGAUUAUGUCCACCUGCUAUGGCGAGGAUGACUAUACCAUGGGAUCUGAAGCGGCUGAGACUGGACAUCGAAUGGAUACACCACCCCCAGGUGCACAGCCUGCUGGUAUUCCUCUGACUCGUGAAGUCCUCUCAGCUCGACAUGCAAGUCAACCCUAUGCCCGUUUCAGUGGCACACCCUCCAGCUCCAAUGCUCCGAGCACGACAGGAACAGAUGAUACUCUUCUUCCACCAGCACGACCCUGGGCGGAUGCAGGGAACCGGCUAAGCAAUGCAUCACAGUUAUCAUUUGACUCCGUUGUCGGCGACAAAAAGGACUACAAGCUUCAAAAGGUGGAUCCAACCUUCACAGAUAGCAGUGGUGAGUUCUACCGAGUGUUCGAAAAGAAACUCGAGGAUCUCAAUGGUACGAACUCGGAUUCUCAGCUGUGCAUUGAGCAAUAUCUCGAAAAGAGCGAAAAGAAAUGGUUCGAUCGAUUCAGAGAUGCUCGUCUUGGAAGAAAUCAAUCCCCAGCUGCAUCUGUGCAAUUUGGCAAGAAUUGCAGUGGCUCUCCGUCAGAAUCAAUCAACAACGACGACACCACAUCCCACGAAAGCGGAGUUCCAGAAAGAAAAGAAGCUACAGGUGACGAAUUCUUCCUGGGAGAAGACUACGUCCCACCAACCGGGCUCAAAAAAUGGAUGCAAAUGCGUAUUGGAGACUGGCCUGUUUAUUCACUAUUCCUAGGUCUUGGUCAGAUCAUUGCUGCCAAUUCUUACCAGGUAACCCUACUCACGGGUGAAGUUGGGCAGACGGCAGAGAAACUCUACGGAAUCGCAACAGUCUACCUUGUCACAUCUAUCCUGUGGUGGCUUUUUUUCCGGUUCUACAAGUCUGUUCUUGUUCUCACUGUACCAUGGUUCUUGUACGGCCUUGCAUUCCUCAUUAUCGGUGUUGCCCAUUUCGAGCCUAAUUCCUAUGCCCGGGGCUGGCUUCAGAAUGUGGGGAGUGGGAUCUAUGCUGCUGCCUCGUCCAGUGGAUCUAUCUUUUUUGCGCUGAAUUUUGGUGAUGAGAGUGGUGCUCCAGUGAAGAAAUGGGUUUUUCGUGCUUGUCUUAUCCAAGGCACACAGCAAGCCUAUGUCAUCGCGCUUUGGUAUUGGGGUUCGACACUAACGAAAGCAUCUAACGCUGGUGUUUCUAAUAUCCAAGGCAAUAUCACGAACACUUGGAGAAUGACGGCCGUCUGUACGCCAAUUACAGUCUUCUUGUGGGGCAUCGGACUGAUCGUAUACUUCGGCUUGCCAAACUACUACCGCCAAACACCGGGUAAAGUCCCAUCAUUCUACAAAUCCGUUUUUAGACGAAAAAUCGUGCUCUGGAACUGGGUUGUCAUCAUUCUUCAAAACUUCUUUUUGAGUGCUCCCUACGGUCGAAACUGGAACUUCCUUUGGAUAUCCAACCACGCAAAACCAUGGCAAAUCCUCCUCCUUUGCGUGGCAUUCUUCGGUUUCGCCUGGAUAGCAAUCCUAUUCGGCCUGGCCUGGAUCUCCCGAUCCCACAGCUGGAUCCUACCCAUAGUAGCAUGUGGUCUCGGUGCACCACGUUGGGCCCAGAUAUGGUGGGGAACGUCAGGUUCCGGUCUAUAUCUCCCCUGGGCAGGUAGUUACACAUCCGGUGCACUUGUAUCCCGGAGUCUGUGGUUGUGGCUUGGUGUCCUCGACGCACUGCAGGGAUUGGGAUUUGGCAUGAUUCUUCUGCAGACUUUGACGCGGAUGCAUAUUUGUUUUACGUUGCUUGUUUCGCAGGUUUUGGGUUCUAUUGCGACUAUUUGCGCAAGGUCUUUUGCGCCUAAUAGGAUAGGUCCUGGGCCUAUAUCGCCUGAUAUUACGGCUGGCGCGGGUGCGUUGGCUAAUGCUUGGUUUUGGAUUGCGCUUACGUUCCAACUUUCGAUCUGCGCCGGCUUUCUUAUGUUCUUCCGUCGCGAACAGCUCUCAAAGCCUUAG